CGGCAGCAGUACCUCGGGGACCACGCGACCGUGCGCACUCGCCUCCGCCAUGUGCCGCGCCAUGUUCCGCGUCGCGGGCCGCGCGCCGGCGCUGCUGCUGCUGCUGGCUGCCGCCGCUGCCCUCGCUGCCGACGCUGCCGACGCUGCCGACCACUUCUCGCCCAACUGCGCUAAGCUCCAUAAACACGGCAUCAAACAAGAAUGGCAGCGCAUUGGCAGCCUGCGCGAGAGGGCCAGGGAGCGGCCGCUGCAGCUGUACUGGGGCAGCGCGGCCGGGCGCGCCGCGUCCGCGCUGCUGCUGGUGCUGCUGCGCCACCUGUACAGCUACGACUCGCUGGAGCUCAUUGAGGGCCCGCUGUCCACCACGCAACUCGCAGAAAUACUGCCGGAAAAAGGUGACCACAGUUACAAGACAUGGGUGAUAGCUUUGUCAACUGCAUGGGUCCCUGGACCUAUAAAACCGUGGGUUGAGGGAUCAGGAUCAAACGGCGGGCUCGCUGGGCCUCGCCUGGCCGAGUUUGGUGCGAGCCCCGUGUCUGCGCGGCGCCGCCUGUUCGUCUGGCUCGCACCACACGUCCGCGCGUUCAACGACUGCAUGACCAUGCAGUGGCCCUUCGACGUCAACGAAACGACGCGCCUACAUUGUGGUUUCAUCGAUCCAAAAGUUCCACGUGACAACAGUACAGUAGAAGUACUCAGUAUCGACGACAGUGCCACGCUGGACCAGCUGCUGAAACGGGCGCGCGCUGCCGAAUCUCCGCUGCUAGCACGUCAAGUCAACUACACCGUUUUCUUCAACACAUUGAGGACUGCCAAUCACUCAUUUUUAUUCCUGGACUUUGACAUUUGGUCAGGAGAGCCAGGUGUACGAGCGAUAGAGCCUCCUCCUUGCGUGUAUGGAGGUUCCACAUCUUGUGUAAGAGAACUAGAUUCUGCCAUUAGUCUGCGCGUCGCCGACGUCGAAAAACUACAAGUGUACGCGCCCCUAUUAUUUAUGUUUGUACAUGAAUUUGAUCCACCACCUGAAGCUCUGCGCUACAUCCUCGAGAAGGAAGCAAGUGGCACAAAUAUUGAGGAGGCUGCUUGUGCCUGGGUCGACAAGAAGAAAGUACAUUAUUACAAUCACACCAACAGAGAGAAAUAUAAUACUAUUAACAACAUAGUGGUCAUUUAUAUGUGCGAUUAUUACGGAGUUUCUUAUAACAACCUUUUAUUGGACGUUAAGGGUUUUUUGGAGAAGCAACUCGAAAAAAAUUACAACAAAAUGAAUAUUGGAUUACACAGAUUUUUUGUAAAUUGUUCUGACAAUUACGAUAUGAGCAAAAGAUUAUCAGACUUGACGGGCCUGAUGGUAAUUAACCGCAUGCUGGGCGUGGUGUCCUUGGCUCCCGAUGGAGCAUUGCAGACGUCUGCAGUGGCUGCGGCAAACAAGGUGCCGCUGCUGCUGGUGGACGUGGCGCCGGAGGACAGCUGCAGCGCGGCGGCAGGCACCACCUGGUGGGUGGCGGGCAGUCCGCGCCACCUGGCGCGAGCCCUGGCCCACUUCGUGCUGGCCGCGGGCUGGAAGCGCCUCGCCGUAAUCUCUGACGACACUCUGCUAGCUCAGCAGUACAAUGCCGCAGUCAAACUAAACACGACAAUUGUUUCGCGUGUGUUUCACAUAAACACUGGCUUAACCGAUAAUGACAUACAUCGAACUUUAGACGACUUGCGCGCUACAAAAGCACGUAUCAUUUUUAUAAAUGCAAACGCUGGCUCUGCCACUGCAAUAUUUGAAGCGGCAGUGCAACGUCGCAUGACGUUCUCCAAGGGCUUUAUUUGGAUAAUGCGUGACUGGGAGCAACAUAACAAAACCGUGUGCAAUAGUGAGAAACACUUCACAGUAUCGUUUUGGAACCAUUCACCUUCAAAUGAUGGAAAUAACGACAAUUCUGCAACCGUGCCAGAUAGAAUUCUGGAGAAACAUAAAAGUCUGCCUCGAGCCGCUGCGUGCAUCAAUGCAUUUCUCACUCUCGUAUUGGGUUUCAAAAACUUCUCUCGGAGUGUGUAUCGGGACCUCCGCAAUGAUGAUGUGAUCAAGUCGUUUAAUGAAAGUGUAGUGAAGUCGCCGGUCACAGGCGUCCCUCACUCUCACCCGCUGCGCUACAAGAACCGGGUGCUCGAGGACACGUAUGUGUACAUCGAGGAAUGGUGCGGCGGUCAGGUCUCGCGGCGGCUAGCCACGUGGCGCGUCAACGUCACCAGCGGCGCCGUGCGUCAGUGGGGCGCCAGCGACGUCGCCGAUCUGCCGCACGACGACGGCACCUCCAGCUGCUGGAUAACCUCCGGCGACCCCUUUGACCCCGUGUGCUACGAUGUGGCGGUCGCCUGUGUGCUGCUGCUGCUGCCGCUGAUGCUCGUCGCUGUGCUGCUAGUGCGCCGACGCCUAGCGCGGCUGGCGCACGAGCAGCAAAUCCAUGCCAUCGCUCGGCGCCAGCACGUGGCCACGGUACUGGCCGACUACCUGGUGGAGCGAGACUCGCUGGAACUGCACUCGCAACUUGGAGAGGGUCGGUUCGGAACCGUCCGCCUGGCACGGUUACGCACACCUGGACGCAACCCACGCUACGUCGCCGCGAAAGCUCUGCGGGACAACGCUGCACCUACUGAUGAAAGUGAAUUCUUACGUGAAGCCUGUAUGAUCGCCUCUCUCGAUCACGCGCAUAUUGUUCGUCUGGUCGGUGUGUGCAUCGCAGAUGGACCUCCGCUGGUACUUAUGGACCUAGCAUUUUUUGGUGAUUUGUUGGGCUAUCUGCGUGCGCGGCGCCACCUCGUGGACGGAACCGGGUCAGAAGAAACGACGGAGUGUGAUGAGGCGGAGCACGUUUCUGCCGAAACUCUGACGCGCCUAGCUCGCGAGGCCGCCGAGGCGUUGCAGUACUUAGCUGGGCGCGGGGUCGUACACCGCGACGUGCGCGCUGCCAACUGCCUGAUUGACAAGCGGCGCUCGCUUAAGCUUGCGGACUUCGGCAUGGCACGAGAUACGGUGGCGGGAGCAGACGGCGCAUUCGCGUACUCGUGCCGGCGCAGGGCUCUGUUCCCUGUGCUAUGGAUGGCACCCGAAAGCCUCGCACACGGCGUCUUUUCGGCUGCAUCGGAUGUCUGGGCCUUCGGUGUACUAGUGCUGGAGUUGGUAACCCUGGGAGCGCGACCUUACGGCACCAUGUCUCCGAUUCGCGUGCUGGACUACGUCGCGAGUGGAGGGUCGCCGCCACUACCGCUGGAUGCCACGCAACAAACGCGCGGGCUGACUCAGCUCUGCUGGCAGCGCACGGCCGAGCGGCGGCCGAGCGCGACGGAGCUGGCGGCGUACUUGGCGGCUUGGCCGCGGGCGCUGCAUCCAGUGCUGACGGACGAGCGCGAUGCCGACAGCGGCUUCGGAGAGUCUCCGUCUACUGAGCUGCUGCCUCCUGAGUCACCAGCACACACUCACGAUCAGCUCGACAUCUUGGCUGCCACUCCCUGACGAUCAGCCGUUGGUAGCAGCGGCAUCCAGCCCAGCGACGUGGUGACUGCGCCAGCCGGCAGCGGCACGUGGCUCGCGAUGUCGCCUGCUCCACCGGCCGUCGCGCGGCGUCGGUUCUCCGAGCUAGUUCUGUUUACGGCAUUCCUAAUAUACUGUCAUCAUUCUAUCCUCGGACUACCAACACAGAACAUAAGUACAGUGUCGGCUGAAUAGAAAAUUCAUCCUGCUUACAUCUUGCACCAAGUUUCGAAGUAUUUAUAUUAAUAGGUCAGCGUUUGGCCACUGUCUCGCUUGGUGGCCAACGAUGGAACACGCCUAGGUGUAAGCAAGCUAUUUACUCAAGACUGGAAGACGUGUCCAUCAUUGCUGAACAUCCAUCAUUGCGUCCUCUGGGCGCGCCUCUUGAUGCGUACAGGGGCUUCGAGCUGACAUUUAGCCCAGUCAUCUGACGCGGCGAGUCCGCAAAUAGAGGUUUAUGGAUGUUCGCCUAUGGACGAGGGUGUCUCAGCCUCCGUAAGCUCCUAUUCAGCCCCUAUCUUUGUCUGAACUCCAUGAUCCUAGGAUUAAAUGAAAUGAAAUGCAGUUAAUGUAGGUAUGACCAAAACAUAAGUAAGUAAACCCUAUAAGUAUACACAGUGAGACUGUUUACUGUUCCUGUUAAUAAAAAAAUAUUACCAAUAAAUGUCUACCUUUAGCUACUUAGUUACCUAAAGUAAGAUAUAGAAGUUU